CAGGAGCCGCGUCACUUGGUGGACGCUCUGGCCCUUUUUCUGCUACUCGUCUCUCCUUUUCCCGGGGAAGGAUGUCGCUCCUGCUCCAAAAUGGCGGCCGCGAGGAGGAGUCUCCUGCAGAGUGAACAACUGUCAAGCUGGACAGAUGACUUGCCCCUCUGUCAGCUUUCAGGUGUGGGUUCAGCUCCUAAUCGUUCCUACACUGCAGAUGGAAAGGGGACAGAAAUACACCCAUUAGAAGAUAAUUGGUUGAAAUUCAGAAGUGAAAACAACUGCUACCUCUAUGGAGUCUUCAAUGGUUAUGAUGGUACCCGGAUCACUAAUUUUGUGGGAGAGAGGCUUUCUGCAGAGCUCCUCUUGGGCCAGCUGAAUGCAGACCAUGAUGAUGCUGAUGUGCGUAGAAUCCUGCUGCAGGCUUUCGAUGUCGUGGAACGGAGCUUCUUGGAAUCGAUUGAUGAUGCAUUGGCAGAGAAGGCCAGCCUACAAUCUCAGUUGCCAGAGGGGAUCCCCCAUCACCAGCUGCCCUCUCAGUAUCAGAAAAUCUUGGAGCGGUUGAAGGCUGUAGAAAAGGAAAUCUCUGGAGGAGCCAUGGCUAUUGUGGCUGUCAUUCUGAACAGCAAGCUCUACAUUGCCAAUGUAGGAACGAACCGUGCACUGUUGUGCAAAUCCACCGUAGAUGGGUUGCAAGUGACACAGCUCAAUAUGGAUCACACCACAGAGAAUGAAGAUGAGCUGUUUCGCUUUUCUCAACUGGGUUUGGAUGCAGCAAAAUUGAAGCAAGUAGGAAUCAUAUGUGGGCAGGAGAGUACCCGACGCAUUGGGGAUUAUAAGGUCAAAUAUGGCUACAGUGACAUUGAACUUCUAAGUGCUGCAAAGUCAAAGCCAAUCAUAGCAGAGCCUGAAAUCCACCGAGGACUGCCGCUGGAUGGAGUCACAGGCUUUCUUGUUCUCAUGUCUGAAGGACUCUACAAAGCACUGGAAGCAGCUCAUGGGCCUGGGCAAGCCAACCAGGAAAUUGCAGCCAUGAUUGCCACAGAGUUUGCGAAACAAACCUCACUGGAUGCUGUGGCUCAAGCAGUUGUGGAUCGGGUCAAGCGCAUUCACUGUGACACAUAUGCCAGCGGUGGCGAACGGUCCAAGUUCUGCUCUCGUCACGAGGACAUGACUCUGCUGGUGAGGAAUUUUGGGUACCCACUGGGCGAAAUGAGCCAACCCACUCUCACUCCAACGCAAGGUGGCCGUGUUUACCCUGUGUCGGUGCCAUACUCCAGUGCCCAGAGUACAAGCAAGACAAGCGUAACAUUAUCCCUUGUCAUGCCUUCCCAAGGUCAGAUGGUCAAUGGUGCUCAUAGCAGUUCCACGUUGGAUGAAGCAACACCCACCCUCACUAACCAAAGUCCAACAGUGACCCUCCAGUCUACUAAUACUCACACCCAGAGCAGUAGCUCAAGCUCAGAUGGGGGCCUCUUCCGUUCUCGGCCCUCUCAUUCUCUCCAGCCAGAUGAAGAUGGGCGUGUUGAGCCCUACGUGGACUUUGCCGAAUUCUACCGCCUCUGGAACAUGGACCACAGUGAACAAGGGGCACUUGCUGUGUAACAAAUGCAGAGGGAUCAAUCCCUGAGACUUCCCGUUAGGUGGGGGAGAUGGUGCCUGAUGAGGCAGAAAUAGUUCAUCAUCUGGCUGGCCACAUUCUGCCAUUAAGCAUGCACUCCUUUAGGGGGAAUGAGUCUAACGUUUGGAUAGGCUGCAGAUAAGGUUUUUCUCAUCAACUUAUCAAAAAUGUUAGCCUUUUCUAAAUGUCCCUUCCACUGUGAAAACCUGUGGACAUAAGAGAGGGUUGUGAACCCUUCCUGCACCUCUAACAUUAGUCAGCAAUCAGGGCUAUGUUGUGAGGAAGACAGCAGCCACAAGGAUCCGUCAAGGGAUGAACUGUAUGUGUGCACUGCUGUUCCAAGAUUGGAGUCUGGAAUUACAGUGUCAUGAUAAUGAUGUGUUAGCUUCCUGGAAGAUACCUCUUUUUUUCAGAAUAAACAGUAACUUAUA